UUUUCUUCCCCAAAAACUAUUCACUCAAGCAAGACUUCUCUCAAAGUCAUUCCCUCUCUUCUCCAAACAUGAAAAGAAUGGAUUUUUUCUGUGCUUCUCCAGCUUCCACAGCCAUCUGCUCUAGCGUGGACCAUCGUUCCAUGGUCCGCCGCGGCCAUAGGCCUAUCGACCGUCAAAAUUCUAAGCCCUACGCACCUUGUUCAUCACAGUUGCCUAUAAUCCCUAGGCCUUUCCAUGAAAAGAAUAGAAAGAGCUCUGUCAAACCAAGUGAUGUACGUCGAAAAAGCUCUGCUGAUACCCAUGAUCUAAAUAGUCCUCCUGGUUCCGCUAGGUAUCUUCUAAGUGAUAGACCCUUUAUUGAUUGGUUAUCAGAAUCUGAUCGUGUCUCAGCAUUGGUUCCUGCUCAGCCUGCAAAGCCUGAGCAUGUAAGCUCCAACGAUUCUCCUGCUUUGAAGUCUUCUUCAUCGGCUCGGUCGUCUCGCGACCAGGUGGUGGUUUUAAGGGUGUCAAUCCAUUGCAAAGGAUGUGAAGGAAAAGUAAGAAAGCAUAUCUCCAAAAUGGAAGGAGUGACAUCAUUCAGUAUAGAUUUGCCCACAAAGAAAGUGACAGUAAUUGGGGAUGUAACUCCCUCAAGCGUGCUAGCAAGUGUGUCCAGGGUGAAGAAUGCACAGCUCUGGCCAUCUACAACACCAUCAUCCUCUCCAUCUUCCCCAAUGGUGAAAAUGAGUCACUGAUAACAAAAAAAAAAAAGGUGGUUUUGUUCUUUCUUUUCUAAAUGUAGCAUUAGAGUGUGAACUUUAACAUAUCAGCAGUUUAUGUAAUGUAAAUUUUAAUUAAUGUAAGCUUUUAUGGGGAUUGUUGCCAUAAGUUUUUAGGGGCCAGUUUAAAGAGGAAGUUUGGUGCUUUCUCAGUUCUCAUCUUGAUCAUUCCUUUGGAGCAAGCAAAUGGAAUCAUUUCAAAUAUUCCUUUUCCCUGAAUUUAAAAACCUUGGCUUAGGCUGGCAGCUCUGGGGCAUCUCUUUUCCUGUUUCUCUCCCAGAUGUUACCCCCAGGCCCCAGCUGGUGGUGGAGGCUUGUAGCAUUUCAGGGCAACACCAGAACUUACCAUGUGAAAUUUUCAAAAAUUUUCCAUCACCAUGAAAGCAGAAAGGGUGAUAAAAUGAGCAAAAAGUUUCCAAAAAUCUCUAUACAGCUUGCAUCAGGAUUAACAGACGUGUAUGUUACAGCAAUCUGAUUAAACAACAUAAUUGGUCCCCAAGCAUGAGGCCCUCGCGUGUUCUGAUGCACUAAUGAUAUGUACAGUAGAGGGAGCAUGAUACCAAUUUAGGGAGACAAGUAGUGGAAUUGCCUGCAGUCAGUGACAGGACAAGAAUUUUUAGCCUGGGACAAAAUUAUUGUUCACUUUUUCUUUUCUAGUAAUAAUCUUUUUUCUCUUCUUCUUCUUUCUUCUGGAUGAGCCAAGAAUCAAGUGGUUGGUUGUGUAUUGUUCGGAUGGUCAAAGUAUGGGAUUGCAAUAACUAAUAUCA